UGAGCAAGCCAUCCCGGUCACCUCGAUCUAAACACCUUCUCCGCCCUAUCUAUCCAAUUGCUCUCUACCCGCAGUAGAGUAGCCCUUAACACCCUUCAGAUGGGAAAAUGACACCCCAACCAACCCCUCCCGCGCCAAAUGGCCACACCCAACAACAACAAGAACAGCAACAGCAGCAAAACCCCGCCUCCCCCUCCCCACCGCCUCCAGCUCCAGUCCCUCUGACACCCGGGCCCCGCGCCGUGCGCCUCCAACAAGUCUUCUCCCAAGCCCUCCUACGCACCAUACGCGCUAAUUCCUACGCGAACUUCGCCGCCUGCUUCCCCACGCCGGCUAAACGUGUCCCGCAUAGCCUCGAGUCUGUCUGGAGACAGCUGAAUGCGAAGCUAGAAGAGAGCGCGCGCGCGGAGUUUGAGGAUGUAUUGAGGGAGAGGGAGGUGGUUAAGGGGUUGAAUGAGUUGGAUCGGUUGGUUGGGGAGGCGAGGUUGCGGAGGGAGAAUGGAGAAGGGGAGGCGAGUGUGCCGCCUCACACUCUAGGCGCGAACGAGCUUUACCAAGCGCACCUUGCGCCGUAUCUGUCAGAAGCCCAGGCUUCGCUAAAUACGAAAUUGGAAACCGUGCAGAAGGAGAAUGCCCAGCUUUCCGAGAAAGUCGCAUCUCAGAGACGGGAGAUUGAGCAAUUAUUAUCUGGCCUUGAAGCUGUCAUUAGCGACGUGGAAGGCGCAGCGGCCGCUACGACGGAGUUUGACGCAAACCAUACCCUGCGUAAAGAGGCGCAGGAAAUGGACGAUGAAAUUAAGGCCGCUCAACGGCCAUGAUUAUGUUUUUGUAUUUACAACGGGAACUUGUGUGGUUCGAUAGCGAGUGUAUGUCAUGUGUGGGGUUACCAACUCGGGAUCUUAAAAUUACAGGGCAUAGCGCCGGGCUUGUACGUAUGUACAGAUCUCAGAACACGAUCUCGUCCGGGUCAACUUUCCGGAAAAGUCCAUCCAUAUCCUCCGCCGAGACCAGCCCAUCGUCAACCAUAUCCUCCGCUAUCUGCCUCAAUUCCUUUUCCGAGCUGGCUAUCAAUUCUUCCAUUUUCUGCAUGUCGCCCGCGAGAGCAAAGGCAAAUGCUUCUUUCGCUGUCCCUUCUUGACACUGUUCUGUUAAUCCAUCCCUCCCGGCAAGAGCAGCUGCUCCGCGAUAAUAUGUCUGCGCAUUCUUCAGGAGUGUCGAGGCAUUCUCAUGCGAUAUCUUAUAGCUCCAAGGCUGCCCACCCAAGCGCCACCGAUACAUCUCAACGUCUCCUCGCGCAAGGUGGAUCUUGGGCAAAUUUUGGGCCUCGGGAAGCUUUGUUGCUGCGGUAAGGGAAUCUAGAGCGGACGAUAGCGCUUGCCAUCGUAGCGUCAACAGCCUAUUCAACGCUUCCUCGUUGUCCGGCUGGUCGCAAUCUGCCAUGGUAGAGUUGAACGCCACCAGCGACUCUGCUUGGCUGCAAAGCGCCCCCGGAUUUCCCGGCAAAUCCUUCACAUCUCCAAACGCCGCGCUCACUUCGUUCUUGUACGUGUCAAAAUCAAUCCUCCCACUCCGGAACGAGACUUCCGCCAACGUUGAAAUGAACUUGGCGCGCGCGAGCGCUACCUCGUUCUGCCUGUCUGUUCCCUCAACGUACGCCGCGAUUUUCUCCUUUAGCAGCACCGCAGAAUACUCCUCGACCCACGCAAGAGUACUGCCAGGAUCAAACGUAAGUAACCCGCAAAACGUGGCCAAUGUUUCCAACUGCGCCACAGCGGUGUCAACAAGCGUAUCCUUGGUUACCGGUUCGAUGACUGUAGCCCACUGUUCCGACUGUGUGGGUUCCGUAGCUCCUAUUCCAGUUCCAGUUCCAGCUUCAGCGCCCUCCAUCGCCCGGUCUGUUUCCAAAUUUGCUUGCUGCUCAUCGCGAUCAAAGGCUCUGGACUUCGCCAUAGCAUGCUGAUGCUGUCCUUCCGUAAACCGCAGCUCCUGUACACCUAGACAUCGCUGGAAAAGAUCCAACGCCUCCUGCAAAUAUCUCGAGGCUUCCUGCGUAUGGUUCUCGGUGGCCCGUCUCCCAUCUAUAAUCGCCUCUGCUAAGCUCGUCAAUACCUGCGCGGUGUUGAAGAGGAUUUCCGCAUUGUCUUGUUGGAGGGUUAGGGCGUGUCUGUGGGACUUGAGCGCGAUGUGGAGGAUUUCGACAGCUGGGGCGGGGAGUUGGGUUGCUAGUUUUGGAUGCUGGGUUAUUUCGUAUUGUAUCCGUGCCCUAUAUUUAGAAUAAGCCGUGCAGGAGAGUUAGGAAACAGAUCUAAUCAAUCAAAUAUACCGAAAAGAACACCAAUCUUUCAUCUGUCCCUUCAAUCGCGGAAAAGAUGGGGUUUAUACUACGUACUUAUUGUAUGCCAAAUCAAACGAAUUCGGAAACCUCCUCAGACCCGUAUCGUACAUUUCAAUGGCACGCAUGAAAAACCGCAUGGACUUGACGGCAUCUCCGGCUCGCCAUUUUUCCCCGGCUUCUUCUAGUUCGACGCCAGCUGGGACAGGUUAUUUUGUUAGUUGCUUUAUUUCGAUGCUGGAUACAUCUUGUUGCCCGCCCCGUGCCGGAGGAUAGUAAGUGCUAAUGGCAAUGGCAAUGGCAAUCAAUGGAAGUAUAACUUACUAGCAAGGUAUUCGUCUGCGCUUUCAGGCUCCUGGGAAUUGAGCGUGGGGUGGUGAGUGAGAGGGAAUUUUAAUUCAUCGGAACCGACAUCGAAAUGGGGAGAAGAGUAGGGGAGUAGAGGUAAAAGGAAUAGCGACAAGGGGGAUUCCAACUGGGGUGGGGGAAUGUUGAUCUUGUUGCCGUGAAUGUAGUGGGAUUUAACUGGGAUUUAUAUCUAAAAUAUGAAGGGGAACGUAUGCGGAAC